AUGGACAGAAGAAGGCACACCUUUGGCCCUAAUACCGUCGAGGCGCGGGAGGCCUCACCAGAGUGCCCACUUCUGUCCGACAUCAUGGUGGGUAUACCCAGCGGCGUCUACUAAUUUCUUCAUUUACUCACUUGUGUCUAUCUUUCGACCCACUUUCGUCCAAAUUGUACCCACUUUUUGUCCACUACGGACGGCGGAAAUCGAGCGGAAAUCGACCUCCACGUCACCGCACGGCAGAACAUCGAAUAGCCUCGGAACGUCUCAAAACCUACCAACACCGUAUCCAUGGCAUCUUUCCUAUUCAUGGCUGCCGACUGCGGACUGACCGCGGAGGAACAUGUCAAAAACAUGCC